CGAGGAGUUUUCUACUUGUUGACCUAGCUCCUUGUGUGUUCUUGGCUGCCUGACUUGGUUGUAGUGAAGAAGAAGAAGCAGAACCAGGAUACUUGUGUGCUCAUCUGUCUGCACCCACCUUGCCAGGAGGAAAUCAUGAUGCCACUUUCCAGGACUCAGCUGGGACUCUUCUUCAUCCUCCUGUGUCCAGCCAACAUCAUAGGACUGUGGUGGGCAGUUGGAAGCCCCCUGGUGAUGGACCCCAACAGCAUCUGCCGCAAAACCAAGCGCCUGGCCGGUAAGCAGGCGGAGCUCUGCCAGACCGAGCCAGAGAUCGUCAGCGAGGUGGCUAAGGGCGCCAAGAUGGGAGUGCGCGAGUGUCAGUACCAGUUCAGGUCGAGGAGGUGGAACUGCACCGGUCACAACAAGUACUUUGGGAAGAUCCUUCAGCAAGAUAUCCGAGAGACGGCGUUCGUCUACGCCAUCACCGCCGCCGGAGUGAUCCACGCCGUGACCCAGGCCUGCAGCAUGGGAGAGCUGAUGCAGUGCGGAUGCGAGGUGACGCGGAACUGGGGGCCCCCUCCGCAUCUGGCCAUCGGGCCGGGGGCCGACGGCUCGGCCUGGGAGUGGGGAGGCUGCGGCGACGAUGUCGAAUACGGCUACGAGAAGUCGCGCCAGUUCAUGGACGCCAAGAGGAAGAAGGGGAAAAGCGACAUACGAACCCUGAUAGAUCUCCAUAACAACGAGGCCGGGCGACUGGCGGUGAAACAUUACAUGAGGACGGAGUGCAAAUGCCACGGCCUGUCGGGAUCCUGCACCCUGCGCACGUGCUGGAAGAAGAUGCCGCACUUCCGGGAGGUCGGGGACCGACUCCUAGACCGCUUCAACGGAGCCUUCAAGGUCAUGGGCGGCAACGACGGCAAGACCAUCAUUCCUGUCGGGCACAACAUCAAACCCCCCGACAAGCAGGACCUCAUCUACUCCGCCGACUCUCCGGACUUCUGCCAGGCCAACCGAAAAACCGGCUCGCCAGGUACUCGGGGCCGCGUGUGCAACAGUACGGCCAUGGACGUGGGAGGCUGCGACCUCCUGUGCUGCGGCAGGGGGUACCGGGAGGAGACUGUAGUGGUGGAGGAGAGCUGCCUGUGCCGCUUCCACUGGUGCUGCGUGGUGAACUGCAAUAAAUGCACGAUGAAAAAAGAACUCAGCAUGUGCUUGUGAAACGGACGCCGGGACAAAAAAACGUGAGCGCGAGCUCGCAUGUCUACGUGGACCGACAAUAGAGA